AUCGGGUCCACACAGCGGACGAAGCUGGUGAUGCAGCUGGUUCAGCUGCUGCAUCUCCGACGCGUUGUCGCUUUCGCGAAAUAUCGUUACCCUCUUGCGCGAUGUUUUGGCUUGCAAUGACUUUGUGGUGAACUGACCAGGUUGUUAGAUAUUUCAUAUUAUUGUCUCAGCUGUUUUUUUUGGACUCAUACUCGUAGCAAACGUUGUUGCUGCUAAAUUUUUUUACAUCAAAAGCACUGGUGAGGGGAGUCUGAAUGGUGAUCGAAACCCAAACCGUGAUGUAAUCGACGUGCACAGAGAUAAGGAUCGUGACAGUCCAAGGUGGCGCUGCCUCUUCCGAAUGACAGAACUGCUGCUGGUCAACGGAACGACGGGCGCGCGAGCCACCGGAAACGGCGACACCCUCGAUUUCCGGUCCGACCGUUACGACGAGUUGAUGUCUGCUGCUGGUUAUACUGCGGCGGCGGUGACUCUCUUCUUAAUCGGAUUAUUCGGAUUCUUUUUGAAUCUCUUUGUCAUCGCCAUUAUGUGGAAGGAUAAACAGUUAUGGACGCCGCUGAACAUAAUCCUGUUCAAUUUGGUGUGCAGCGAUUUUUUGGUGUCAAUUUUAGGAAAUCCGUGGACGCUGGCGUCUGCAAUAUCUCACCGAUGGAUCUUCGGAAAAACAGUUUGCAAGAUUUAUGGAUUUUUUAUGUCACUCCUAGGUAUAUCUUCAAUAACAACUCUGACUGUCUUGGCCUUUGAAAGGUACCUGAUCGUUUCGAGGCCUUUCAGGAACCAUGGACUGAGUAGGAAGGAAGCCAUUUAUCUUGUGUUUGCAAUAUGGAUUUACUCGUUGCUACUCACCGCUCCCCCUCUCUUUGGAUGGGGAAAAUAUGUACAUGAAGCUGCUAAUAUUAGUUGUUCUGUAAAUUGGGAGGAGCACACCCCGAACGCAAUGUCGUACAUUCUGUACCUUUUUGCCUUUGGAUUGUUUCUACCUCUAGCCGUGAUCAUCUAUAGUUAUGCACACAUCAUGCAUACGAUGAGAAAGAACAAACUUCACAUGGGCCAAACAACGAAAGCGGAAGGCCGGGUGGCCUACAUGAUAUUCUUGAUGAUCGUCGCGUUUUUGCUAGCUUGGUCUCCGUACGCUAUUUGUGCCCUUCUGGUGCAGUUCUGGGAUCCUUCUAUCGUAUCUCCAGCUGCUGGUGUAGUUCCGGCUCUACUGGCGAAGAGUAGUAUAUGUUAUAAUCCAAUUAUAUAUGUUGGACUCAAUAGUCAGUUUCGGCAAGUAUUGAAACAAUUCCUGGUGAAACGGCCCCAAAAAACUGAGAGCAAUUGCGAAACGUAUGCCUUGGGUGUUUCCAAACUGUUCACACAGUCUAUUCCCAGCACUCUAGAGAGCACUCGAGCUAUUGUCAAGUGUACGAAGCUGCAAAACAGCUUCAAGGAGCAUACCUACAUCUUCGGUACAGAGAAUGCCAAAAACAUCCCUAAAAUCCUAGAAGCAUCUGAAGAGAAUUACCAGCAUGACAGUGUCACACAAGUUUGAGGUGAGAUGUACUUAUACCACAUGUCAGGAAUAUUAUUGUUAUAUCUUACUUAAGCCUUCCUAAACAUCUAGAGCUACGAAUUUGCAACACCAAUCUGUAUUUUAAACAUAUGCGGUAAUAUUCAAAUUUGGAGGAGCGCGAUAAGCGUGCGGUAUGUAUGUUAGAAAGAGUGCGUCGAUGGAUUCCGUAACCUCGUACUCGAGUUGCUAGGCAACGAAGUGCUUCUAUCUCUUGCUAACACACGUAUUGCAUGCUUCUCUCUCGUAUACAUUACAUGUUAGUGGAAUUUGGAUUUCAGUGUAUUAUAGAUUAUUUGAGGUGAAUAUCAGAGGCUCAGUAUUCACUGUGAUCUGUACCAUCAGUAUUGACUGAUCACUUCGUCAGUGUUAGUGAAUUUCUGUGUAACCUAAGACAUCAAUAAUUACCGAUGUCCUGGCUACAAGGUCAAUAAAUCUCACAUUCUAUGAUAAAUGCUGAUGGAUCACAGUGACAACUGAUCGUGUGGCAUUCGCCUAACCAUCACCACAUCUACAACCAUACAUCUCGAUUUUAAGUAAAACAGGCCGAAAGUGAUAUUUUAUUGGUAGCAGCGAUAUGAGGUGCAGUACGGGGUUUCUGGCCAUAUAUUGCAACCUCUUACCUUUGUGCAUGACCUUUCAGGAAAAAAAUUAUAUAUAUGAAUAUACAGGGUGUUCCUUAAUGAUAUGCGAAUAUUCAAGGGUGUGAAUCUACAUGAAAAGUUAAUUUUAGUUUACUUUAAAAAACUAUGGACCAAAAAUGUUUCCUUACAAAAACUCGGGGUGUUGAAGUUUUAGAAAAAAAAAAUGUGGCGUACGUACGGGAAUUGACUUCGAUAUUUUUUAAGAAAAAAAUAGUACGCCAAUGGUUUUUUGCCAAAUAAAAAUUAUUUUUGAAUUUCCCGUUCAAUUUAAAACAAGUGACAUCUCUCAGGUCGCUUUCUUUCGAUGCGCCAUUUUUGAGUAAAAAAAUAAAAACCGUUCUAUUGUCUAACUUGCAAAAUGAUGAUUAAUUUAAUUGGAAAAAUUAAACACAUUAGGGGUAAUGAACAACAACAACUGACAACAUAAACAUAACACUAAGACCAACGAAAUGAUUACAAAAAUUGUUGAAAAUGGCCCCUUAAGAUGCGGUCCUGUGUAUGAUGUUUAGUUUUUGGUGACGACUUGUGAAAAGUUUUGGGGUCUUGUAUGAAAUUUUGGUCCGACUAUACCUUGAGAGGUACCGCUCGAAUUUUGUGGAAAAUCUCACACAAGGUUACUACCAUACAAAGGACGAAAAAACUUAGUAGUUUUCGGAGAUCAGUGCAGUGGCUGCGAAAAAAAAUGCCAAAAACGAAAAAAAUAAUAA